CUGUUGGGUCCCCAGUAAGCGAGAGCAGGCCGCUUUACAGUUUUUCUUCGAUACCAGAGAGAACGAUAUAAUCACGAAUCUGGCACUACGGGGAGGAAAUAAAUCCACUAGUUUUAGUACCCCGGCGGCAAGCGGCACGACCAGGCAGGAGAAUGGUAAAUUUCGAGCAAAAAAGCGGAGCACCGGAGCAGGCAUCAACAACAGAAACAAGUACGGGCGAAAGAGCGUCGAUAUCGCGAAAGACAGACUAGACUUUUCCCGGGAUUUCGCACGCAGGAAACUGCUGUUCAUCUACAACGCGAACGGCUGCCCCGAAUUCGCGGACACGACUAUCGAAGACGGGGUGAAACCUCUCUUGUUCUACUUGUCGCCGAUUGCGCAUAACAAUCUAGCCCACUCCAACGAGCAGUCAAUGGAAAUCUUGCUCCGCGACGUGUCCGCGAAGUUGAGUCCGGAUUUCAACAAAAACGUGCAAGUGAAAGCACUCUACGAUAGCUGUUUGCGCAAAAUCGAAUCCGUUUCAGAACUGAAGCACGGUGGUAAAUACCUAGCGUGCGAAACGACCUGGUUCAAAAAGCCGCCGGCCAGGAGCCUGGUGCCCUUUUUAACGGACUUGAUUGACGUGCAAAGGGCGUAUUGAAGAAUUGCUAUUGAUGUGACGCCGCGCCUUUAAAACUAAGGACAGCAGUAAGUACGAAGUUCAUGUGCAACAUCAAAAGCUACCGCUACGUGGUGCGGUGGGUAGUCUUUUGCGACACAGAUUUAUUAAUACGCUCUGUCCAGGAGGGUGCAGUAGCUGUUCUGUUUUCAACUUGAUGAAAUCACCUUGAUGAAAUCAAAUAAUUUCAUCAGCCUGAGCGUUAUUGAGAGUAAGUAGCAGGAGAGAUAAGCGAACAAGUCUUGGCACACAACUUUUUUGAAAGCUGCGAUGUUCAUCUCUGGGUUGGUUCUUUUGAGAGGAUUGUUGAUGCAGGCAACUCUAGUAAGUAGAGAUGCACAGCACACUAAGACAGGCAAUUUCGCAGAAAAUAUGUCUCUUUAAAAAAGCGAUUUAGGUACGCGGAAUCAGUAUCGCUAUCGGCAGACAUCAACAAUAAAACUGGAAAACUCUUGAUGAGCACCGCCUUGAAAGCCAAGUCAUGGGUCACUGGACCGUGGCCGCGCAGGCUGCUUCACACCGCCGAAGUUUGAAAUCGUCCUUGGCCGAAACUGCCGCAAGGAAGCUUAGCAUCGUAGCGUCCUCGACGGGGAACAAGAAAAGCAGUAUCACAAGCGGCAGCAGCAACACCUUUGCUGCAACACGAUCUCCCCUGGCGGAUCAUCCCCAGUCACUUUCACACCACAGCACAACGAGCCUGAUCAACAUGGUGGCCCCGGAGGACGCGCUGCAGACAUCCUGCACCAUUCUCCCCGGAUUUUUCGGCGUGUUCGUCCAGGUGGUCCUCGGGGUUUGCUGUUUCUCGACCCUGAUAGUGAAGUGGCGCUUUGAGAAACCCUUCCCGCGGCCCGCGGUGAUAUUCUUUCGCGAUAGUUCGAAACAGUUCGUCGGGGGUGCCUACAUGCACGCCCUGAACAUGCUCGCGGCCUACAUCUUCGCGACGAAAAAGUCAAAUGUAUGAAAUCGCGUUGCUUGCUUGGUCGUUAGAUAUUGCUAUCAUGUUUGUUGAAGGUGGUGAAGUUGACUUAUUGCACCUAUAUGAGAAGUUGUAGCAAAAAACACGACGGCCAGCAUAGAAUUACUAACGAAACCACCUACAAAAAUGAAUACAGGGUGACGAAUGCGACUGGUAUUGGGUGAACGUGGUAAUAGACUGUACGCUAGGCACGUUUCUCAACUGCAUCUAUCUGCGAAUAACGGAGAAGCUCUUCAGCUACUCCAGUGGCGUCUACGAGGACAGUUCCUACGCCGAGAUAGGGAAUGCAGAGAAUACUUCUGCCGCGGGAACGACCGCUAUGGAACAGGAGACCAAAUCCAUUUUGACCCGGAUCAAGCUUUUCUUCAAAGCCUUAACACCGGCGUAUAGGUUUCAAAUUGGCGCCUGGAUACUGGUGUUGACCUGUAUGAAACUGACCAUGAUCUUGAUUUUCUUCCAAUUUGGAGAGUAUCUCGUGAAAUACGCGUCAGAACUCAUAGACGGUCUCUUCGGGCCAACAUCCAGCACGAACAAGUUGAAGCUUGUCUUUGUAAUGAUAGUCACCCCGGUGGUCAUGAAUAUCUUCCAGUUUUGGGUCAGCGAUAGCUUUUUGAAGGCGUCCAAUAGCUUCUCGAUAAGCGGAGGGAGUAUCGAUAGUAGGCCUUUGCAGGAGACGCAAUAGAUAAAGCUGAGUUUUUUAUGCGUUGUACUCAUUUCAACGACGUUUCAGAACAUGUUUCAUAUGCUGCCAAAUUUUGGGACUUGUGGAAAUCGUAAAAUCGUUUCAUGAUGAAAGAAGUCCCUUUUUUCCCGCCAUUGUGAUUUCAGUGCGACCUCAAAAUUAAACACAAAAAGCAGGCGGUCAGUCGCAAAUUCGUGCCGCAGCGUGUUCGCGAAGCUUGCC